CCGUCCACUUAUCAUCCGGCACUCGGCGUCACGAGCGCCUUCUCUGCCUGCCCGCACGAGAGAGAGAGACAGCGCCGUCCUUGCACACAGUUAGGCCGGAAAGAUAAAGAACGAUGUCUAUCCUCAAGAUCCACGCUCGUGAGAUUUUUGACUCCCGUGGUAAUCCCACUGUGGAAGUUGACCUGUACACCAAGAAAGGUCUCUUCAGGGCUGCAGUCCCCAGCGGUGCUUCCACAGGUAUCUAUGAGGCUCUAGAGCUCCGCGACAAUGACAAAACACGCUACAUGGGCAAAGGUGUCUCUAAAGCUGUUGAGCAUAUCAAUAAAACUAUUGCACCUGCACUGGUCAGCAAGGAUGUAAGCGUUGUGGAGCAGGAGAAGAUCGACAAGCUGAUGUUGGACAUGGAUGGCACAGAAAACAAGUCUAAGUUUGGUGCUAAUGCCAUCCUGGGCGUCUCCCUGGCUGUGUGCAAGGCUGGUGCAGCAGAGAAGGGCGUUCCGCUCUACCGCCACAUUGCUGACCUGGCUGGCAACCCCGAUGUCAUCCUCCCUGUGCCUGCUUUCAAUGUCAUCAACGGCGGCUCCCAUGCAGGCAACAAGCUGGCCAUGCAGGAGUUCAUGAUCUUGCCUGUCGGCGCCAGCAGCUUCAAGGACGCCAUGCGCAUCGGUGCCGAGGUCUACCACAACCUGAAGAACGUCAUCAAGGAGAAAUAUGGCAAAGACGCCACCAAUGUGGGAGAUGAGGGCGGCUUCGCUCCCAACAUCCUGGAAAACAAAGAAGCUCUGGAGCUGCUGAAGAACGCCAUCGCCAAGGCCGGCUACACCGACAAGAUCGUCAUCGGCAUGGAUGUGGCUGCCUCCGAAUUCUUCAAGGGGGGCAAGUAUGACCUGGACUUCAAGUCUCCAGAUGACCCCAGCCGCUACAUCACCCCUGACAAGCUGGCUGACCUCUACAAGAGCUUCGUUAAGGAUUACCCAGUCGUUUCCAUCGAGGACCCCUUUGACCAGGACGACUGGGAGGCAUGGACCAAAUUCACAGCCAGCACCAGCAUCCAGGUGGUGGGAGACGACCUCACCGUCACCAACCCCAAACGUAUCGCCAAGGGCGUCGCCGACAAAGCCUGCAACUGCCUGCUGCUCAAGGUCAACCAGAUCGGCUCUGUCACAGAGUCCCUGCAGGCCUGCAAGCUGGCCCAGAGCAACGGCUGGGGGGUGAUGGUGAGCCACCGCUCCGGAGAGACCGAGGACACCUUCAUCGCUGACCUUGUAGUGGGCCUCUGCACUGGACAGAUCAAGACUGGCGCUCCUUGCCGAUCCGAGCGUUUGGCCAAGUACAACCAGCUCCUGAGGAUCGAGGAGGAGCUUGGUGACAAGGCCCGUUUUGCCGGCAAGAACUUCAGGCGCCCCAUCUGAACCGGGUCAGCUUCCUUGGGCCACUGCGUGUUCAUUGCUCAUAGAUAAUCCCCCACACCUGUUCGCCACGCUAGGUUUGCCUGCCCUGUAUAGAGUGAAGAUGGAAAAGACGCCUCUAUUAUUCAAGGUCCAAGACUGCGGCGUGGAAAAGCGGUGCUAUGUCCCAGUACAUCCAUGUGGCUCAGCUCAUCUGCAAAAUAUGCUUUAGCUCCUGAAUAGUGUUGGUCCUUGUUGGUGUCCAUUGCUGUGUGAUUUCUUUAAGCCUCCUGUGAGUUGUAGUGGUUGUGGUCCUCUGAUUAUUUGAGCAAAUGUAACUCUAGUAAGGAUCAUCCUGAAGCAGUGGUAAGAGCUCUGUGUGUUCAAUGUUCCGCCUCUGACAAGGUCUUGUGUUGCUGUAAGCCCCUACAGAAAUAUGUAAUAAAUAAUAUAGUUUCAAAA